UAUGCACGGGGUUCGUAAGGAAGGAGAUAACUGUCGCUACUCGCACGACCUCUCUGACAGUCCAGAUGGUAUAGUGUGCAAGUAUUUUCAACGUGGGUACUGUAUUUACGGAGACCGCUGCAGAUAUGAACACAGCAAGCCAUUGAAACAGGAAGAAGCGACUGCUACAGAUCCGAGCCCAGAACGAUCUCUAGCUGCUUCCUCGAGUCUCCCUUCCGGAGCUGAACAGCUCACUGAAAUGGACACGGGCAAAGCUGAGUCAGGAAUCCCACCCCUCGCCGCUGUAGGUGGGGCAAGUUCCGAGGACUGGGUGAAUGCGGUCGAGUUCAUUCCUGGGCAGCCCUACUGUGGCCGGACUGCCCCUCCUUGCACCGCAGCCCCCAUGCAGAGCCUGGGGGCCAAGGUGGAGUCUGAGAAGGAGCCGGCGGCAGUGGAGAGCAAGAAGCAGCUGUGCCCCUAUGCUGCGGUGGGCGAGUGCCGCUACGGGGAGAACUGCGUGUACCUCCACGGCGACGCGUGUGACAUGUGUGGGCCGCAGGUACUGCACCCCAUGGAUGCGGCCCAGAGGUCACAGCACAGAAAAUCGUGCAUCGAGGCCCACGAGAAGGACAUGGAGCUCUCGUUCGCCGUGCAGCGCAGUAAGGACAUGGUGUGCGGCGUCUGCAUGGAGGUGGUCUAUGAGAAGGCCAACCCCAGGGAGCGCCGCUUCGGCAUCCUCUCCAACUGCAGCCACACCUACUGUCUCCAGUGCAUUCGCAAGUGGAGGAGUGCUAAGCAGUUUGAGAGCAAGAUCAUAAAGUCCUGCCCCGAAUGCCGCAUCACAUCCAACUUUGUCAUUCCAAGUGAGUACUGGGUGGAAGAGAAAGAAGAAAAGAAGAAACUCAUUCAGAAGUACAAGGAGGCCAUGAGCAGCAAAGCGUGCAGGUAUUUCGAUGAAGGACGUGGGGGCUGCCUGUUUGGAGGGAACUGUUUCUACAAGCAUGCGUACCCCGAUGGCCGGAGAGAAGAGCCACAGAGACAGAAAGUGGGAGCCUCGAGGAGAUACCGGGCCCAACGAAGGAACCACUUAUGGGAGCUCAUUGAGGAAAGAGAGAACAGCAGCCCCUUUGACAACGACGAAGAGGAGGUGGUCACCUUUGAGCUGGGCGAGAUGUUGCUUAGGCUUUUGGCUACAGGUGGGGACGACGAGCUGACAGACUCUGAGGAUGAGUGGGACUUGUUUCAUGAUGAGCUGGAAGACUUUUAUGACUUGGACCUAUAGCGGCUUUCCAUGCUGUGCGAACUGCUCUGCCAGGCCUCAGACCCUAGCUGUGCC